GAAUAUCUGACCUUUACUGCUUGUCGACGGAAUCUGACAGGCGACGUGUGCGCCAUUCUCCGCGUACACGCUUUUCUUGAACAAUGGGGUCUCAUCAAUUAUCAGGUUGCCGCUCCCCUCACAGCUACAACUGGUUCUGGUUCUGGUAUCGUCGGUAUUGGCAACUCAGGUGUUGCUGGUGUUGGCUCCCUAGCAGGCCUUGGUCUAGGAGUUAGCGAGGCCGCCAAGUUGGCAGUCGCCGCAAGCCUAGGUCCUCCAAGCACGGCGCAUUUCCAUGUAUUAUGCGAUAGUGCCAGCGGCCUUCAGCCCAUUGGAGGUCAAAACCAGACAGCUCAGAAGGAGAUGACGCUUACAGCUGUUGCAAACACUGCUCCUCCUGCCACCUCUGGUCCCAUAUCAGCUGCCCUCGGCGAAGCUCUCGGAUCGAGUGAGACGAGCAAAGAUUCGGAUUCUCUAAACAAAGUUGAGACUUCUGGGCAGCAGGUAAAACUCCUGGAUUACAUGCCAGAUCUGUCAUUCAUUUGCUUUAGUGGGAUUAUAAUUCAAUCGGUUUUAUCUUGCAUUUAA